CCUAACUUCGCUUUCCGGCCCACUAGUUCCUGCUCGGCCCAGGCCAGCCGCUCCUCUCCUCCUCACCUCUCCAGCGCGUGCUGCCCUAACUGACGCCGUGGAAGUGCGCGCCGCCGCCCGCUCUCUCCCCGGUCGCGCCGCCGCCGCCUCUCCGCAGCCCGAGCGUUAAUAAUCCCUGGACGAUGGAGAUGAAUGCUGCAACAAGUCUAGAACCUAGAGCAAAGGCUACCCUGGUUCUCGGAGGGGAAUCGUUCGCAGUCAGCUCCGAGUCCGGCACCCUGUCGGAGCAGCUGGCGGCGAUGAGGGAGAAGAGCAUGGUGAUCCUCAAGGAGUACAUCACCAAGCACAACGUCCCGAACGAUGUCCCUGAUGAAUCCAUUGAGGGCCCAUCGGAUGAGGAGGGCGAGGCACUUGCUAAAAACCCGCCCAAGAAAUCAAAGAAGCAGAAGUGAUUGUCCUGAAUCUCAUCUGAUUUAUCGUGCCCUUUCUUAGUCCUCUCUUGCAAAGAUCUGAGAACAUGCUGUUACCCCUUGCUAGCUGUUCCUUUGACACUGAACGACCAACAAUUUAUUCUUAGGCACACUAGCUGCUUGUGUAUCAAAUCGAUGUGUGCAAGCGACGCUCAAUGUUGUUAUCUGAUAAUAUGUGUGUGCAAGGAAAGUUUGCAUCUUUCUUUCUGUACAACUCGUUGUUAGAAGAUGUUCUGCUUUUCGCUGGUAAUAUAUGAGCUUCAGCACUAAA